AUGUCCGCCACCACACAGACUGCCAAGGCUGCUCCAGUCGAGCCCGCCCACAAGGAAAUCGAUAUCAACUCCCUUGUCGCAUCUGUGAGAAGUGAGAAGGAGGUCAAUGCCAAUGUCGAUGUCAACGCCAAUGAUCUCAUCAACCUUGCUAUGAACGAGCUUUUCCCCAGGUUCGGCUCAACUGUCGACAACGGCGAUUAUAUUGCUUACUUCAACGACUGGCAAUCCCGCGAUACAGCAGCUCAUGCUUUUAACACUUUCGACACCGGGCGUUUCAGUUUCGCGGGCAAGUUGCAGGGACGAUGGUAUGCGUGCCGGAAAUCUUCCUAG